AAUGCUGUCUUUGUCAGAAAGGGAGAAAAAAAAUAUGUCAAGUCGUUUGCUGUUCGUUUAUAUAUUGGAUAAUAUUACGCCUUCUGUCCGCCAGUUGGAUCAUAAUUUGGAUUUGAAAGAGAGAGAGAGAUGGGCAACAUCUCUUUUUCAACAUCAAUUAUUCUAUUUGUGACAUUUUUCUACUUCAGCUCAUGCUUCCAACAAGCAUAUCCCAAACCCAAUUCUUCAGUCACUCAAAACAACACUGAAGCACCACAACCCACAUUAGGUGGUGGCACUAGCCCACCUGUCUACCAAAAUGACUGCGGUUGUAGCCUCCCUCCACUAGCAUCACCACCACCACCUCCUCCACCACCACCGCCGCCGCCUCCACCACCCCCUCCACCGCCACCUCCAAUACCAAAAUGCCCUCCUCCUCCUCCUCCACCGCCACCUCCAAUACCAAAAUGCCCUCCUCCUCCUCCGCCGCCAUCACCACCACCACCACCGCCGCCGCCACCUCCCCCACCACCACCGCCGCCGCUGCCACCUCCCCCACCACCACCGAUAUCACCGAUACUCCAAAAGGCCAUCCGCACAAUCGGAAAAUUCAGAGGAAGAAUAACUCACGACCCAAAGGGCAUCACCAAAACCUGGAAAGGCAACAAAAUCUGCAUAGACAAAUCUACUUACGUGGGCUUCCUCUGCGACAAAAUCCCCGGAGACAAAAGGUUCAGAAUCGCCGGCGUCAACUUCAACGGCUUCAACUUCAACGGCCCAAAACUCAACAUCGCCGGCUUCAUCGAAGAACUCAAAGACCUCGUCUUCUUCCACGUCAACUCCAACUACUUCACCGGUUCCAUUCCCACUCUCAUCUCUAAACUUCCCUACUUCUACGAGCUCGACCUCAGCAACAACAAGCUCGCCGGUUUAUUCCCAACCCCGGUCCUCUCCGCCACAAACCUCACCUUCCUCGACCUCCGGUUCAACUUCCUCACCGGUCCGGUACCUCCCGACGUCUUCCGCCUCGACCUCGACGUUCUCUUCCUCAACAACAACAAGUUCACCGGUAACAUACCAGACAAUCUCGGAGCCACCACAGCUCUUUACCUCACUUUUGCAAACAACAUGUUCACUGGUCCGAUCCCGAAAAGUAUCGGCCAAGCUAAAGACACACUGGUUGAAGUUCUGUUUUUGAACAACAAACUAUCUGGGUGUCUCCCAUUCGAAAUUGGGUUGUUGAAGUUCGCGACCGUGUUCGAUGCGAGUAAGAACCAGUUGACGGGUCCGAUACCGCACCCUUUCGGGUGUUUGAAGAGGAUGGAGCUUUUCAAUUUGUCGUCGAAUUUGUUGUUUGGGGAGGUGCCGGAAUCGUUGUGUAUGCUGAAGAACCUGGUUAAGCUGAGCUUGGAGGACAAUUAUUUCACGCAGGUUGGGGUAGAAUGCAGGAAAUUGAUUAAAAAGAAUAAGUUGGGAAUAGGUAGUAAUUGCAUUUAUGAUCUUCCCGGGCAAAAGACGGAGGAGGAAUGCAAGGAAUUCUUCUUGAAGCCCAGAUCAUCGUGCCCAGAUUUGUUCAGUGUACCUUGUCGUAUUGAUGUUUCUUCUUCUGAUCAAGUGUCACCAGCGCCGGCACGCCCUGUGCGUGCUCCAUCACCGUCGUAUGCUGCUCUAGAAAAGCCUGUAUAGCGUAUUUUUCAUCUCAAGGAUUAAGGCCAUGGCCAUGUUGAUGCUUGUAGCUCCCUGGACAAAGGUUAUUUUGUUUUUAUGUUUUUUUUUUUUUUUUUAAUAAUCUUUUUUUUUUUUUUUUUUUUUUGUUUUCUCAGUUUGGUUGUUAUAUGUUGAUGACGUGGAUGUUUAAAAUAAUGUGUGUAUCAUUGCAGUAAGAAAUUUGAAAUAAGACAUCCAACUGUACCCUAAAAGUUGUUUUUGUUUA